AUUUAAUAGUCGGUUACACAAAUCUUCCGCCUGCAGAAACAGUUUUAUCAUCUAGAAGCAACAAAAUAUUGUUCAUGUUCUUGUUUCAUUUUUACUCAAAAAAACAAACGAGUUUGGUGCAGUAAUAACUUGAUUUCUUCGCUCUUGCUUUUGCAAGUUAAAUCUCUCUCCCUCUCUCUCUCUCUCCGAGAGAUCGGACAGUAAAGUAAUCGCGUUGCCGCCUCUCCCAAAGACUCGUGCACAUGUUAGGAAAUGUACUUUUGUAUGCUUUUUGGAACUGGGCAACAACGUUAGUAGUGCUUUCAAACAAUUUAUUCAGACAUGCCUGAAACUAACUCCCACAUUCAAAUGGGAUCACUACAGCCUCGAAAUGAUAGCCUGAUCAGCACUGUGCCAACUGAUAGAAAGAUGCCUGCUUUGGAUACAGCUCCCAACAGACCAUCUGAUUCUUCUAUCGUAGAAAAUUUCGUUUUGAGAAGUAUAAUGAAUCGUAUAUUCAGAAGUGUAAAAAUCGUCUUGUUCUCCGACAAAAUUAACUUGCUUAUACCUUUUGGGCCUUUAGCGAUAGUGGUUCAAAAUUCGUCAAACCAACAAGGUUGGGUCUUCAUCCUGAGUUUAUUAGGCAUCAUACCCUUGGCAGAGCGGCUGGGUUGGGCUACAGAGCAACUGGCUUGUUACACAGGAGAUACAGUUGGGGGUCUUCUAAAUGCUACUUUCGGGAAUGCAACAGAAUUGAUUAUUUCCAUGUAUGCAAUGAAAAAUGGCAUGCUACGUGUUAUUCAGCAGUCAUUACUGGGCUCAAUUCUCUCCAACAUGUUGCUCGUGCUUGGGUGUGCAUUUUUCAGUGGUGGAAUUGUUCAUCAUAAUAAGGAACAAGUGUUUAAUAAGGGAACUGCUUUGGUGAAUUCGGGGUUACUCAUGAUGGCAGUAAUGGGACUUCUGUUCCCAGCAGUUCUCCACUUUACACACACAGAGUUGCAUGCUGGAAAGUCUGAAUUAGCUCUUUCAAGGUUUAGCAGCUGUGUCAUGCUGAUAGCAUAUGGCGCUUAUCUUUAUUUCCAGCUUACCAGCCAGAAUAAUAUGUAUUCUCCUAUCAAUGAGGAAGAUGGUAACCAAGACGGCAACUUAGUUGACGAAGAAGCUCCUCGGAUUUCAAGAUGGGAAUCAAUAGUAUGGCUCUUUGUUUUGACUGUUUGGAUAUCGGCACUCUCAGAGUACCUAGUUAAUGCUAUAGAGGGGGCAUCUGUUUCUCUAAACAUGCCGAUUGCAUUUAUAAGUGUAAUUUUACUUCCAAUUGUUGGGAAUGCUGCAGAACAUGCAGGUGCCAUUAUGUUUGCCAUGAAAGACAAGCUUGAUCUAUCUCUGGGGGUGGCGAUAGGUUCAUCAACACAGAUUGCCAUGUUUGGGAUUCCCUUUUGCGUGGUUGUUGGGUGGAUUCUAGGGUACCCGGUGGAUCUGAAUUUUCAACUUUUUGAGACGGCUACUCUUUUCAUGUCUGUUAUAGUUGUAGCUUUCAUGCUGCAGGAGGGAACUUCAAAUUACUUGAAAGGACUGAUGCUCCUCCUUUGCUAUUUGAUAGUUGCUGCAAGUUUCUUUGUACAUAAAGAUCCUAAAUCUGUAGAGGACAGCCCCUAGAAAAGAGCAUUCAUCGAUACGUUACAAAAUCAUGCCAUUGGUUUUUGCUGAUCAUGAUGGGCUCCCAGUGUGAAGGGUUCCAGGGGAACAAUGAACUGUAAUUCUGAUUGAGGGCAUGAAAAAGGUGACUCGGUUAGGAGCUAAAGGUUCAUACUAUUAAAGCUUCUGAAGAUCCGGUGUCUCAUUGUAUAGUUUCUUGAAAGUAGCAUAUCAGUUAAACUUGAAUGAUAGCAGAGAUACUGCAGACUGCCUGUGAUGAGCAACCUUAGAAAGGAGUCUCCUCACAGGUUGUAGUUUUCAUUAUAGAGAGUGUAAGCAUGAAAAGUCAAUAUAGUGUUAUGAAAUUCUGCCACUGAUUGUCAUUUUCAUGAAGUGAUCAAUUACUUUAUCAAGUGGCUUUACUUGA